AAAACCCUAGCCGCCACGACUCACACAUAAAAAAACAAGAGAGAAUCUCACUCCCCACCGCCGCCGCCGCCCCCACUCCAAGCACCCGCUCUACCGUCGCCGGAGAAGAAGAGGAGGAGCCCGGCAUGGGGCGCGUGCGCACGAAGACGGUGAAGAAGACGUCUCGGCAGGUGAUCGAGAAGUACUACUCGCGGAUGACCCUGGACUUCCACACGAACAAGAAGGUGCUGGAGGAGGUGUCGAUCCUGCCGUCGAAGCGCCUCCGCAACAAGGUGGCCGGCUUCAGCACCCACCUGAUGCGCCGCAUCCAGCGCGGCCCCGUCCGCGGCAUCUCCCUCAAGCUCCAGGAGGAGGAGCGCGAGCGCCGCAUGGACUUCGUCCCGGACAGGUCGGCGCUCGAGGUCGACGACAUCCGCGUCGACAAGGAGACCCUCGACAUGCUCACCUCCCUCGGCAUGGCCGACCUCCCCGGCGUCGUGCGCCAGCCCGACGCCUCCACCUCCGCCCCGCAGCAGUACGGCGCCGCCCGCCUCCCCUACGCCCGCCGCGACCGCGCCUAGGUGAUCGCUUCGCCUCCUCCUCGUAAUCACUCGCGGACAAACACAAGCAAUUUUAUGUUUUGAUUGCAGUUUUGUAAUACCUCAAAGAUUCGAAGAACCACCGGAUAUCAUAUUUUCUUGAUUUAUAAUUAUGAGACCAUUCAGAUUGCCUUGCUAA